AUGUCUGCAAUUAACACUGAAAAUCCACCUAAUAUAUAUGAGAGUUUAGCAGACCAAGCUCCUUCAGCUAUUGCUUAUUGGAAUACACCAGUUCCAACCUACCUGCAAAAUGUUCCUCAACAACCCCCUCCAUAUAAUGGUCUUCCUUCAACCCAGGUGUGGAAUGCAUCCACUGUGGUACCACAAUGGAGAGUGGCUAAUGUAGUGACACCAAAUACAGAUCCAUCAUCUCCUUUUUAUCUAACAUUCCUGAAAAGCAAACCAAGAGCCUUAGGGAUUGUAUUGAUUGUUUCCUCCAUCUUGGAGAUUGGCUUGGGAAUUGGUUUGUGCUUCACAAGUUUCACCAUAACAUUACCAAGUGGUAUUCCUUUUUGGGGGACAGUUUUUUACAUUAUCGCAGGAGCUUUGACCAUUGCGGCUCAAUCUAAACCUAAAGUCUGCUUGGUAAGAGGAUCCCUCGCUUUAAACAUCAUCAGUUCCAUCUUUAGUGUGACUGCUAUAAUCCUAAAUACUAUUGAUCUUGCAACCCUCAAUUGCUAUUACUAUGACUAUGGUUACAACGACUAUGAUUAUGAGUACAGAAGAUGUCAACAAAUACUUUCCGCUACUUACGCAUUGCAAUCUAUUCUUCUGGUGAUAAAUUUGCUGAUAUUCUGCAUAUCUUUCUCCGUCUCAAUUUUUGGAUGCCGUUCACUGUGCAUGUUAUCUUCAAAUAGCCCUCAGGUAUUUUUGAUCCAAAACGAUCUUGUAUCCAUGAAUCCUUCUACAGUUCCAGCCACAGGAUUUUCUCAGCUGUUUGCUCCAGCAAUUGCACCACUCCAACCACCACCACAAUAUGUGUUCCAAGGAGUCAAAGCCGUACCAAUGUCAUAAUCAUCUAUUUAAAAAAAAUGAUGUCUGUUUUUUUUUUUUUUCCAACUCAGCCAUCGAGAACUGUGAAAAAACACACCUGUUUACCAGCACUCAGUUCUGACUCCCUGGCUACCAGACUCUCUGCACUGCAUUUCUGGUUGCCAUCUGUUAAAUUACGCAUAGAUGGGGUCAGGUGUGUCACUGCAGCCAAUGACUGGCCUCAGCAGUGAUGUCCCCCCCCUAGUCAAAUAUUCUGCCAGGCGCUAUGUCAUUUCUGAGGCCAGUCAUUGGCUGCAGCUGCACAUGUGACCCUAUCCAAGCAGGAAAUUACUUGCGGGGACCAGAAAUGAAGUACAGAGAGACCCCGAACCAGAGGGCCAG